AGCCGCGUCGGCUUCCUGGGUGGACGCCCACCUUGGCCUCGAGCGGCUGGGCGCACCGGCUGCGGGUGCUGGGCACAGCGCGUCGGAGGCGAUGGCCUUCAGCGGCGUGGAUGCCGAAAGCUUGUUCAACACGCCCUGCAUGGGCUACGACUACGACGACCUGGUGUGCGUGCCGUCCCAGUGCAAGGCAUCGGUUGUCAAGGUAGACCUCAGCACCCGGCUUUCCCGCAACAUCACUCUGAGCUGCCCAAUCGUCUCGGCGCCGAUGGACACUGUGACCGAGGGCCGUAUGGCCAUCGCUUGUGCGUUGGCGGGGGGGGUGGGCGUGGUGCACGGUGGCUCCAGCGCGGAGCACCAGGCGAGGGAGGUCAGCAUGGUGAAGCGCUUCGAGACCGGGUUCAUCAUGGACCCGCUCGUGCUCGGGCCCAGCGACACCGUGGAAACUGCCAUCGGCGCGCGCCAGGACGGCGAAGAUUCCACCGUCCUCGUAUGCGAGGGUGGUCGGAUGGGGAACAAGUUGCUCGGCAUCGUCACGAGCAGGGAUAUCGACUUCGUUGAGGACCGCGCUAUCUGAAGACUAGCCGACAUCAUGACGCCGAAGGCGCACAUGGUCUUCGGCAAGGAGCCCAUCACCUUGACGAAGGCGAAUUCGGACCUCGUCUCCUGCAAGAAGGGGAAGCUUCCCAUCCUCAACGAUGCCGGGGAGGUCGUGGCGCUGGUCAGCCGCCACAACCUCAAGAAGGCCCGAGACUACCCGCUGGCCUCGCGCGACGCCAACCGGCAGCUGCUCGUCGCGGCGGCCUGCAGCGCGCUGCCGGACAGCGCAGAGCGGGUGAGGAUGCUCGUCGAGGCGGGCGUGGACGUGCUGGUGCUCAACGCCUCGCAGGGCAACUCCGUGAGGCAGAUCGACUUCCUGAAGCAGGUGAAGGACCAGUACCCCAGCCUGGACGUCAUCUGCGGCAACGUCGUGGCGCCGCGCCAGGCGAAGCCGCUCCUGGACGCGGGCGCCGACGCCCUGCGCGUGGGCAUGGGCUGCAGCUCGCUGUGCGCCUCGGAGGCCUGCGCGGUCGGCCGCCCGCAGGCCAGCGCCGUGUACCACACGGCCCGCUUCGCCGCCGAGCAGCGCUCGGUGCCCGUGGUGGCGGACGGCGGCGUGCGCGGCAGCGGCCACUUCGCCAUGGCGCUGGCGCUCGGGGCCUCCACGGUGAUGUGCGGCUCGAUGCUGGCGGGCACCGCGGAGGCCCCCGGAGGCGCCUUCUACCACGAGGGCCAGAGGCUGAAGCUCUACCGCGGGGCCGGCCUCGUGGGCACGGCGCCGGACGGCGCGGCGCCCUCCGCGGCCGCGGCCGUGGGCGGCGUCGUGGCGGACCAGGGCCCGCUCGGGAACCUGCUGCCUGGGCUGCUGGAGGGGGUCAGGAGUGAGAUGCGAAGGCUUGGGGUGGGGAGCAUACCGCAGCUCCACGAGGGUCUGUACAGCUCCAGCCUCCGCUUCCAGAGUCGCGGCGCGGGCAUGGCCAGCAGCGUGGUGCGUUGAGGCCCUUGGGCGACACGGCGAUUCGCUGCAACGCGUGUCGCCGGCCGGGGAGGGAGUGGGUGCGGCCAUGUGCGCUCGGAGCGAGCCGCGGCUGCGUUCAGUCGCCCCGCGCUUCUGGCGGCCGUGCGUCCCUGCCCCCGCAGCACGUGAGAUGCUGCGCUGAAAACCAUGCCGCUUUCACAGAGCGACCGCCGGCGCUGCUGCCCACGAGAGCUCGCUCCCGGCGUGCCUGCUCGCUCCCAGGGCACAUCGCGCCGCCAGCGCUGGUGGCAAUGACAUGCCACCCAUGCACUCGAAGCGUGCCGGCUCGCUCCUGGCGCACAUGGCGUUGCCAGCGUUCUUGGCAAUGGCUCUUGCAGGGAGCCUCUCUCCGGGCGUGCAGUCUCCCAGCCGGCCCACGAUGGCGCUGCCAGCGCCGCCGCCUUGAAGGUCAAUCCAGGAGCGCCAGCUGAUUUCGAUCAACCUCAGGCAGUCAUGCCGAAUGAUGACGUCAUUUCGUCAUCGGCAUCGGCAUCGUCACCAUGAUCGGCCGAUGACGGCUGACAACCCGG